AGGGAAAAGGUCGGGAAAAAAAUGAGAGAGAAGAGAGCUUUUUUUCAGGAGAGAAAUAGAGAGAGGGAAAAAAAGAAGAGCGGCGGAGAGAGGAGUAAACCCCUUUUCUUCCUCUCAUUGAUAACCUAAAGCCCUUCAAAGUUCAAACUUCACGCUUAGGAUAGCCAUUAAAGGGAUUAGUUGCUUAGAGAAUGAGUGAAAGUGACGCAAUUGAGAGCCAUGGGAUUGCUCUCGACAAGGAGAAAAAAUGGGUGAAGUGCAAGUAUUGUGAUAAGGUGGUUCAUGGCUUCAGCCGUCUUAAGCAUCACUUAGGCGGUGUUGGCCAUGAUGUAUUAGCAUGUGUUCAAGCACUGGAUGAUGUUAAGCAGGGCAUGAAGAAUGCUCUUCUAGAAAAGAAGAAACAGAGGCUGUUGAAGCAAGUUGGGGAGUUGUACCAUCCAGAUCUUCCUCUAAAGAGGAAGAUUUCUCUACCAUUAACUACAGUAGAUGAAAAUUUUGCUGUAGAAACUGCAUCUCAAGAGACAUCAAAUAGAAUUGGAAGUGGUUCCCAUGUUCAAUCAACUCAGCCAACUCCUUUACAGCAGAUAAACAAUACUGAAGAAACGGCACCCCAAGAGGGAGGUGUCCCUUUCUCUGUCAAAAAAGAAGAUGUCAAUGUCAUCAAGGAAGAAAUGAAGGAUGAUUUAGCGCUGGUUGCCUCAAAGCAUAUAGGUAAAUUCUUUUAUGAGGCAGGUAUUGACCUUAACACUAUAAACUUGCCUUCUUUCCAAAGAAUGAUAGAUGCUGCUAUUAUAUGUGGACUCGGGUUCAAGGCUCCUAGGUAUGAUGAACUCAAAGGGUGGAUCCUUGAAGAAGACUUCAAAGAAGUUUGUAGACAUGUGGAUGCUGUGAAAAGUUCUUGGAAGAAAACUGGAUGCAGCAUUUUGUUGGAUUGCUGGAAGGAUCAAAGUGGCAGGAGCCUGAUUUCUUUUGUUGUAGAUUGCCCACAAGGGACUGUUUUCCUGAGAUCUGUUGAUGCUUCUGAUACUGUUAGAGACAUUGAUGCAAUUUUCUUUGUGGUCAGUAAAGUUAUCGAGGAGGUGGGUGUCCAAAAUGUUGUUCAGGUCAUUACUGAUGAUCUAACAGGUUAUAUGCAGGCUGUGGGCAAUAAGGUAGCAGAGAAGUACAAUACAAUAUUCUGGACAAUAUGUGCAGAUCGUUGCAUAGAUCUUAUUUUGGACAAAAUAUCGAUGAUUGAACAUGUGAAGGAGGUACUUACUAAGGCUAAGACCAUUACCCAGUUCAUUUACAGUCAUGCCUUUCCUCUGGAAUUGAUGAAAGCAUACAUUCGAAGAGAAGUGGUUAUCCGGACUUCCAGAUUGGAAUCAGUGGCAGCAUUUAUUACAUUGGAAAACAUGAUGUCUGAGAAAGACAAUUUGCUGCAUGCAUUCAACUCAUCCGUGUGGAACAUGUCGCAGUGGGCUUCUAAAACGAAAGGUAGAGCCAUAUGCGAACUGGUCAAAAAUCCUUCCUUUUGGGCUUCUGUUGCUGAUGUUUUGAAGGUCACAAAUCCACUAGUUGGUGUUUUGCAUAGGAUUAAUAGAAGUGAUGCACCUCCAAUGGGUUUCUUAUAUGAUUCCAUGGAUCGGGCAAAGGAAGAAAUAAAGAGGAACUUAGGAGGUGAAGGAGCAAGAUAUGAGCCUUUUUGGAUAAUAAUAGAUCACAUAUGGAACAACUAUCUCCAUAGCCAUCUUCAUUCUGCUGGUUACUAUUUGAAUCCAAUUCUCUUCUACUCGGAUGAUUUUUUUGUUGAUAAGGAGGUCGCUAAUGGGCUUUUACACUUCAUUGUGCGCAUGAUUGGGGACCAUCAAACUCAACAGCUGGUUGUUUUACAACUUGACGCCUACAGACAUGCUAUAGGUCGUUUUGAAGAGAAAAUGGCAAUUCAUCAAAGGUCAAAAGUUCAUCCAGCAGAGUGGUGGUGUUUAUAUGGAAGCGACUGCCCCGAGCUACAGAAACUCGCUGUGAAAACUCUUAGCCAGACUUGCAGCACCACGUCUGUGUACAAACUCAGGAGAGUUUUAUCAGAGCAAUUGCAUGCUAAUGCAAGAAGCUGCAUUGAGCAACAGAAGUUUGCUGAUAUGGAGUUUGUGCGAAGCAAUCUUUGCUUGCGGCAGACUAAUAGCAUCAGCCUUGAAGAACUGACCUCAAUGGAUGAUUGGAUUUUAGAAGACUAGCAGUUUGGCUUUUACAUUCUAACCAACCGUGAAAAGUGAAAUAUGUAAAUAGACGAAAAAAGUAUCCCAUCCUCUCAUUUUGGGUCAGCGUAUUUUGUGCAGCAGCUUAUUCUUAAGGGCAUGUGGUUAUGUUGUUGAAGAGGAUGGUACGUUAAUCUAUAAUAGCGAGACAAAGGGAUGGGUGACGUAUUAUUUCCUUGUGUCAAAUUUUGGUUUCUAACAAUGUACAACUAUAGAGACAGUGAGUUGGUUUAAGUAGAAGUAACUUGGGUCUUUUCGUUUCUCA